GUUUUAGUAUUCUUCUUCAGCUUUCUUAGGUUUUUUCAACUUUUCGUUCGUUCUCCUUUUUCCUUUGGCCUUCCAUUGACAGCAAACACAACCAGCCUUUCUUGUUAUUUUUCUUUCUUUCUUUCUUUUGUUCGACCACACUUCACAACGAUUCAGAAACGCAAACACACUCAAACACAAUGCUGGUUCAAGGCGACAUUGAAAUCGAGCAUCAGCAGCAGCCGGCAAUGCGUCGGAGCUCGCUCACCACGCAGCACAUUCUCGCUGCCGUCGCAACCAUGCUCGAGAAUUCCCACAACGGCACAGACAUGAGUGGCGUGCUUGAGAUUGCGGCUUCCGACGACGCGAGCAGCAGCAGCAGCAGCAGCAGCAGCAGCAGUGUGGACGUGGACGUCGUUGAGGUCAGCAAUCCGUCAUCAACGCACACGCAAGUGACCAACGCUGCCAAUUUCGCGGCUUCACCCGCCUGUGCCACUGCGCACUGCUGCUGCGACGCGGCAGUGACUGGCGCCCACACGCUGUCAAAGCCGGCGGCUGCGCUGGACGGCUGCGGGCGGGUGCGCUCGUGCUCGGACUCGGCCGCUGUUUGCCCUUCCGCACUGGCGGUUUUGUGCGACGCGCUCGCAGACUCUGCCUCGCUGCGCUCAGACAUGUCCAUGGACACGGCUGCGCGUGAGACGGACACGUCCUCGCGCCCGUCCAUCCUCGAAGUCGACGACGACCGGGAGCGUGACGAGCACAGCCAUGCCGACGAGCUGAUUCGGGAGGACGCGAAUACCAUUUCCGUCACCAACUCCGACACGCCCGACAGCGUCGGCAUGCACUCUGGCCCAGUCGCUACUUCUACUACUACUACCGCUGCUGCCUCGGAUGAGGAGGAUGUGCAGCCCGCUUCCCGCUCGCUGGCCAAGAAGCUGGUCGGGUUUGUCUUUCCCAGCAAGUCUAACCCUAAGUCCAACCCGCGCGUUGUUGCCGUUCACGAACUGGACGAAAAUGACGAACAGGAUGCUACUGACGCCCACAGCACCAUGUCGUCGUGCUCGAGCUCCUCCGAAGACGACAGUGAUGGUGGCGAGGAUGACGACUCGGGCUGGUCGACCUACUCUUCUUCCGACUCGGAUUCAGUCGACUUGGCCGACUUGAACGCGAGCACCGUGCGCCAGUGCCGAAACCAGUACUGCGGCCUCGGGUUUGCCUCGCCUGCCGAGCGCAACCAGCACGAGUUGGAGACGGGACAUGUCGACGCUAGCCUUCAAUCUCUGCACAAUGCCAUCCCCGCGCCCCCGCCGCUCCCACCAAUGUUUGGCCCUCUGCCGCGUCGCAGCGAUGGCGACAAGUGGCCAAAUGCUACCCGCUGGCCCAAGCCCGCCUACCAAGACUGGUUGCGCUCGACUUCGUCCAACUGGAUGCGACUGGUGGCAACGCGCGCUCUCGACACAGAGCACACUGCGCCUCCCCCGGCCAACCGAGGCAACGGCGCAUCCACCAGCAGCAGCAGCAGCAGCAGCAGCACUGCUGCGUCGUCCACAAGCGCUGCAUCCGCAGCGUUGACGGCCAAGAAGAUUUUCAUGUUCUCUUGCAUCAUUUGCUUUGACGAGCUCCCCAUCGAAAGCGACCGCAAGACGAGCUUGUCCGCGUGCAGCUGCGAUGUCUGCAAGACCUGCCUCAAGACCUACUUUGAGGAGCGCAUUUCGGUCGGUAUGGUCAAGCCCUGCUGCCCCGAGCCGACUUGCAAGCUUCCCGAGAGCGACGCGGCACUGAAGGAGAUUGUGUCCAAGGACAAGUUCUCGAUGCUCGAGCGAUUCCGCAUCACCUCGAGCGACAACCCUUGUGUGCGAAGCUGCCCAUUCUGCUUUACACUCAACUACCGCUCUGCCAAAGGCCAGGCCACUGUGCCGUACUUGAGCCCCGCCGAAGACGGUCAAGACGGCGACAAGGACGAGGAGGGCGACAAGGACGAGGUUGCCACUGGCGCUGAGCCCCUUCCAGCCGACGAGCAAGCAGCAGGAGUGGAGACCGAGACGACUGGCGAUGCCGUCGUGACAGUGACACCUCCCGCCGCUGUCGAGGCCACCAAGGCGGAGAAGCGGUCGCUGCUGGCUCGUCUGCGCGAGAAGCGUGUCGUGGUUGACGAACGCGACCAGAAGGUCCAAUGCUGCUCGUGCACGCAGGAAUUCUGCUUUUCGUGCCAGGCGCCCUACCACACUGGCAUGUCCUGCAAAGACUUUUCCAUGGGCGACAUUGGCGUGGAGGACUGGUCGCGCCAGGUGGGUGCUCGGCGCUGCCCUCGCUGCAAAACUCGCAUUGCGCGUGAUUCCGGCUGCGAUCAUAUGCAUUGCACCGUUUGCUCCAUGAACCAGCACCAGCGCAAGAAGCGGCUGCUCAGCAGCGUCUUCCACCAAAGCGACGAGUGGUGCUAUGGCUGCGGCUGCCGCUACAUUUCACUUGGCCCGAUUGGCAACCAUCACUCUGCCUUCUCCAUUGUCGGCUGCAACAAUCUGCUCUUCAAAAACAUGCCGCCAUUGCGGAUGGCCACACGAGCGACCGCGCUUGUUGUCGGUGUCCCAACAGUAGCCGUCGGACUGACGCUGUACGCGACACUCGUCCUGCCAGUCAAGGGAGUCCGAAAGCUUGUGCGGGCUCUUCGUUAAAUCCUGGAGAGUUUGGCUUUUGUUCGCUUUUCUUGUUUUGGUUUUCCCCCCCCCCCUUCCCUUUCGGGUUUUUUUUCUGCUUUUGUACGAUAUCUUGUAUGAUGGGUUGAGCUUUAGAUUCUGUAAAGUUUUGUAAUAUUGUUAACACCGCUUCUUUGAAAGAAAA